CUAUUCUUUGAGCAGCGCCUCCAUUUUUCUCGUGGUCAGAGGUUUGAGAAGAGGAAGCGAGUCGAGAGGUAGAAAAAGUGGGAGAAGAGAAGGGGUAAAUUACAAGAAUACCCUCGAUCGGAGAGUUUCCCCUCUUAGAUCAAUAGAUUACGCAAAAUCUGUGGUCAGCUCAGAUCGCAGGAGCCCUUCUCUAGGAAAUUUAGCUCACGAUUUCUUUCUAUGAGUUGCUAAUUCAUACUUCUACUGAUUACUUGACCUGAUUUUGUCUCUAUUUUGUAAAAUUUUCGAAACCCAUAUGGAAUUCAUGCAAUUUUUGCUUUCAAUCCUGUAAAACUUUGUGAGAAAGCAACAAUUUGCACACAAAAUCACAUUUUUAAUUUCAAAUAUUUUGGGGUUAGAGAAGUUUUGGGAGAAUGGUUACAAGUACAUGGCUGCAAGCACAUAGUUCAAGAAUCAUGAUAAUGCAACCAUUGCAAACCCCCUCAACCAAUUACCCGAUUUCUGGCCCUUAUCUUCCGACCAGACCUUUAAGAAAACUAGUUCAAGUAAAGGCAAGUUCCACAAAUGGAAGCAAUGACUCAACUACCACCCCACAAUCAAAGAGUCCUAUAACAACCGUUCUUGAUGUUCCGGUGAUUCUAUGGAAGAAGACGGUGCAGCCGCUGAGUGAUUUUGGGUUCGGUCAGAGGAGCAUUUGGGAAGGGGGACUUGGUUUGUUUGUUGUCACUGGGGCAGCUAUCUUCGCUCUAAGUAUGGUGUGGUUGAGGGGCUAUCAGUUGAGGGCUCGGUUCAAGAAAUAUCAGGCGGUGGUCGAGUUCUCUCAGGCUUGUGGGAUUUGUGUGGGGACGCCGGUGAGGAUUCGAGGUGUGACUGUUGGGAGUGUUGUUCGAGUCAAUUCAUCUUUGAGAAGUGUUGAUGCAGUUUUUGAGGUUGAAGAUGACAAAACUAUUAUACCUCGAAAUUCAUUAGUUGAGGUUAAUCAGUCUGGUCUGCUUAUGGAAACACUGAUUGAUAUUACUCCUAAAGAUCCUCUUCCUACACCUUCAUUAGGCCCACUUGAUCCAGAUUGUAGUAAAGAAGGUCUUAUUGUUUGUGAUAAAGACAGGAUUAAAGGAAAGGAAGGAGUAAGUUUGGAUGCACUAGUGGGAAUAUUCACUCGUCUUGGACGAGAAAUGGAAGAAAUUGGCAUUAAAAAGAGUUAUGCACUGGCUGAAAAGGUGGCAAAAAUUGUACAAGAAGCACAGCCCUUGAUUUCAAAGAUUGAGCUAAUGGCUGAAGAUAUCCAGCCAUUGCUUGUUGAGGUUCGUGAUAGUGCGAUUUUGAAAGAUGUUGAGAGCUUGACGAAAAGCUUGGCUGAAGUGACUGAAGAUCUAAGAAAGGUACAAUCUUCCAUUAUAACCCCCGAGAACACUGAACUCAUACGGCAGUCUAUUUUUACCCUUAUAUACACAUUGAAGAACAUUGAGGGUAUAAGCUCGGAUAUUUCAGGCUUCACAGGCGAUGAAGCGACUAGGAAGAAUCUAAAGUUGCUUAUCAAGUCACUAAGCAGACUAUUGUAGGAAAUCUUUAACUCCAUUGUAAAUUUAUUUGGGCAUAUACACAAUGGUCAGUGGCAUUUUGAGACCAACAUAUAUUAGCGAAGGAUUAAGGAGCAUCUAAGGUUUGUGUGUGUUGGUUAGACUUUCGGGUACUUUAUAUUCUUUUUUUAGGAAGACAAAACUUUGAUGUCUAGACUGGUAACCCCAGAUUUUGGAUGAAGUGGGGGAUUGUGUUUCUCUGAAAUCUUUAAUUGGCAAAUUGGAUGUUAAGAAAUUGUGUCGAUCUCCAAAGUGUAGUUCGUAUUAUACUGCCUGAACCUUAUAACAUGUGAUAGUUGUGGUUGUGAGUUAAGAAAUUUGAUAUUGAAGAAUCCUAGCAAUUGUUUA